AUGUUUUCCCACUUUUGUCUCUCAAUCAUGGCCUUGAUCACAGUAUCCGGUUUUCCCUCCUCGGGCAAGUCAACUCGUUCAUCCCAGCUCAAGGCUUUCCUCGACGCAAAGCUCGCUGACCCCGACUACAAUGGGCCCGCCCUCACCGUCCAAAUCAUCAGCGACGACUCUCUCAACAUCGACCGCGCAGUCUACAAUGAUUCGCGAUCCGAGAAACCAGCCAGAGGUGCUAUCUUCACUGCUAUGCAGCGAGAGAUGAGCCCGAACAAGAUCCUCAUCAUCGACUCGCUCAACUACAUCAAGGGCUUCCGCUAUCAAAUGUACUGUGCCGCACGAGAGGCCAAAGUCCGGGUCGCUACUCUCUAUGUCGUCGCACCGCCUGACACUUGUCGAGAGUGGAACACCUCCCGCCAGGACGGCAAGUCAUAUCAGUCCGAGACAUUCGAUAAUCUAAUUCAGAGAUACGAAGAACCCUCAUCCAUGGUUCGGUGGGAUUCACCGCUGUUCACUGUUCUCUGGGAAGACGAAUCAGUGCCUGGUGAAGCCAUCUGGGAAGCCAUAACCAAAGGUAAUAUCAAGCCCCCCAACUCUGGAACACUGCAUGUCGCAAAAGCCCCGUCCGACGCACUGCACAUCCUCGAGCAGACAACGACAUCCAUGGUGUCCAGCGUGCUUGCUGAAGCUAGCAAUGCAGGGGGCAGUGGAGGACUUGUUACAAUCUCACCGUCGCAGGGAAUCAAAGCCCGGGUUACGCUUCCAGCACGGAAUGUAACACUCUCCGAGCUGCAGCGACUGAAGCGACAGUUUGUUACUGUGCACAAGAAAGCGAUUACUCUGGGAUCGACUGAGCGAGACGAGCACUUGAAUUAG